AGAUUCGCUUCCUCACUUGCGCAGAAACGAUGUGAGAGUGAGCCAGCCAUGGCGACAGUUGUAGAGAAGUCAACAAAAGAGCGGCUGCUCUCUGCGUUGGAUGAUUUGGAGGUUUUAUCCCGGGAGCUAAUCGAGAUGUUGGCUCUGUCCCGGACUCAGAAGCUGCCGCAGCCGGGAGAAGACACCCAGAUCCUGGAGCUGCUGGUGCAGAGGGACAUGGAGUUCCAGGAAUUGAUGGAGACGGCUCAGCAGCAGGGUGAGGUGCACCAGGAGAUGCAGCUGCUGGAGAAGGAGGUGGAGAAGAGAGACAGCGACAUCCAGCAGCUGCAGAAACAGCUCAAGGAGGCCGAACACAUCCUGGCCACCGCUGUUUACCAGGCAAAAGAAAAACUCAAAUCCAUCGACAAAGCUAGGAAAGGGAGCAUCUCUUCAGAGGAAAUCAUCAAGUACGCUCACAGGAUCAGCGCCAGUAACGCCGUGUGUGCGCCGCUCAACUGGGUCCCAGGGGAUCCACGCAGACCUUACCCAACUGACCUGGAAAUGCGCAGUGGGAUGCUGGGUCACAUGGCCAACCUGCCGACCAAUGGUGUGAACGGACAUCUGCCCGGGGACGCUCUGGCUGCUGGGAGGUUGCCGGACGUCCUGACGCCUCACUACCCCUGGCAGUCCUCGGACGUCUCCAUAGGGAUGCUGCCUCCUCACCAUGGAAACGACUUUGGCCUGGAGCCUCCAGGACACAAUAAGGAGAACGAGGACGACGUGGAGGCAAUGUCGACAGAUUCCUCCAGCAGCAGUAGCGACUCAGACUGAAUGUGUGUGUGUGUGUGUGUGUGUGUGUGUGUGUGUGU